AUGACUGUUCGUGUGGACAGAACAGCUACUGUGGAUUUUUUAGGAUGGGUAAUAGCUGCAUGCAGUCUUGGAUGUUCCAUUGUGGACAGAACAGCUACUGUGGAUUUUUUAGGAUGGGUAAUAGCUGCAUGCAGUCUUGGAUGUUCCAUUGUAGGCAAACCCACUUUUCGGGCUAUGGAAUCAGAAAACAAUGUCAAUCAAGGCCCCCGUCGUCGUCGGCAUGAUAAUGAUGAUAAUCGGUUCGUUGUAUGUCAUGGAGAUUGGAACAGAAUGUAA